AUGUUUUAUUGUCCACACGUUGAUUUAAUAGUUAAACAAGGAUCUCCCUUAGCUAAAAUUGGUUCUUCUUCUUUCAAGAAACAAAUAAUUAAUGGUACUUUACAUUGCGACUCUUGUGAUAUAAAAACUCCAAGAAUAUGGAUUUGUUUAAACAGUAAUUGUCGUGUAAUAGUUUGUAAGAGAAACUCCCCUACAGGACAUUUGCAUGCUCAUGUUGAAGGAUAUCAUAAGGGAGAGAAAAAAAAUCACUGUCAUUGUAUAUUUGUAAAUCCACGUAGUUUAACAAUAUGGUGUCAAGCUUGUAAUGUAGAAUUGAAUCCCUUUGAAAAGAAUUUCUUAUCAUUGGAAAUGCAAAAAUUCUUAAAAACCAUUGUUAGAUGUCUGCAAGUUAAAAAACAUAAAUCACAUCAAAGUUUUAAUAAUCUAACAAUUGAUGUUCCUGGUCUUGUUGGAUUAAAGAAUUUGGGAAAUACCUGCUAUGCAAGGCCAUCAUUAACAAAUUAUUUUAGUUAUUGUGAAUCCUAUAUACCAAAAUUUCACACUAAUACAAGAUUACAUGAAUAUAAAUUAGCUGAAAGGUUUCACAGGUUUUUUAGAUCAAUGUGGAAUGGUAACAGCACAUUAUAUUCUCCAAAUGAUUUAAUUGAUGAGAUAAAAAAUUACAAUGAAGCUUUUCGAGGUUAUGGACAACAGGACUCUCAAGAAUUUCUUCGUUGUGUACUGGAUAUACUUCAUGAAGAACUUCCUUACCCACAAAAUACUAUAUCAAAUGAUCAAAUAAAUGAAAAUACAAACAACAACAGCAACCAUAUAGAAAAGUCAUCAAGGUUGCUAGAGAGCAAAAUUAAAUGUUUAAAAUGUAAAAAGGAUUAUUUCAAGGAAGAUCGAUUUUAUGAUUUAUCAAUUCAAAUAAAUAAAAAAUAUAAAUCAAGAAAUAUUGAUAGUGCUUUAUCUAUGGGAUUAUUUGUUGGUACAUUAAAAAAUGCUCUUGGAAUUGGUGGUCAUACUGCAAGCCUUCAUGAUUGUCUAGCAGAAUUUUGUGCAACUGAAAAUCUUGCAGGCAAAGAUAAAUAUCAAUGUGAACAGUGUAAAUCAUUGAACAAUUGUCAGAAAACACUUAGGAUUACUCGAUUACCUGAGAUUCUUUGUAUUCAACUGAAAAGAUUUCACUUUGACCCAUAUGUUUCAUCAAAAAUUGCAACACAUGUCCAAUUUCCAAUGGAAAAUUUGGACAUGAGACCAUAUUGUAAGGAAUCAGUAUCAAAGGAAAAUUGUGAUAGUCCAGGUAUUGGUGAAAAACGAGAAUCAUUAAAAGUUACUAAAUAUGAUUUAUAUGCAUUAAUUCAUCAUCGUGGUGGCUUAGCUGGUGGUCACUAUAUUGCUUAUGCCAAAAAUCCCAUUGAUGGAAAUUGGUAUGAAUUUGAUGAUAUGUUUGUCACUAAAAAAUCUGCUGACGAGAUAAUGAAGAUUGAAGCUUAUAUAUUGUUCUAUAGUAAAAAAAAUCCUGAAAAAGAUCAAGAGAGAGUAUUAAUCCAGAAUCUAAUAAGGAAUAAUUCUGAAAGUUCUGAAAAUGGAACACACUGUUGGGUUUCAAGAUUAUGGUUUAAUAGAUGGCAAUUUAUGAUGACAGUAAGUAUCAAUAUGAAAUUAUAUCCUAAAUUACAUGAUAUGGUAGUAAAAAUACCAAUCAAUGUUUAUUCAAUGCUGGUCGACAAAUAUGGAACUGAUGGUAGUCCACCAUUGCUUAUAUCUGAUGUUGAAUCGGCAGGAUGUUCUAUAUGCCAGCAACAAGAAAGAUUAAUGGAUAAAAGACGUCAAAAGGAAGCUCGUGAUAUUCAACAAUUAGACACAAAUUCAUUACAAAAAAGAGAGUAUUGGUUUCUAAUUAGUUCAGUAUGGCUUCAAAAAUGGCAUAAUUUUAAAGCUGGAGCACCUCCACCAGGUCAUAUUGAUAAUACAACAUUUUUGAAAAAAGAUGGAACACCAAGACCUGGGAUGAAAAUAGGUAUUGAUUAUAGAGGAGUUAAUGAAAGGGUUUGGAGCUAUUUUGAAUACAUAUAUGGUGGUGGUCCUUCGAUUAAUUUUGUAGCUGUCAUUGAUCUUUAUUCAUCACCGUUAGACUUUGGAAACUCACAAACUAAAUCUAACUAUAGCAAUGUUGCAACAAGCCCAAAAAAUUCAAAAUAUUUAUCACACCAAACACACCAUUCUUCAAAUAAAGUAUAUCAAUCACAUCAACCUUCGAAUCAACCACAUCAAUCAUCUUAUUCAUCACGUUUAAUUCAUUCACCAAAUUCAUCACAUUUAACUCAUUCAUCGCCAAAACCACCAUUAAAUUCAGCUUAUCCAGGAAAUCGUUAUAAAUAUGAUAAUCGACCAAGAUUUUAA